AUGUUUUUUGCUUUAUCAGCACUAGGUCUGUCCUUUGUUCGUCCAAUUCAAAGGCCCAUCCAUUUCCCUCCACCAUUCCUUCCAGAACUUGCACAGGAAGAAAAUAGCAGAUGGACUCAUUUCCGUGACCGCAUUCUUAAGCCUGUCAUAAUCCAAACUCUUCUCUCACAAGAAGAAGAAAAGAAUGGACCAUUCAGACCAAUUCCAAUCCACCCACCACCAUAUUUCCAGGAAGAAAACUUCCGCAUCAGACUUCCAAAGAUUCCAAAGAUUCCAGGAAUCCCAAUAAAUCCAAGAAUUCUACUUCCAAUUCCAAUUAAACCAAUUCUCCCACUAGUACACCAAGAAGAAAACUUCCACUGCAGAAUUCCAAGACCAAAGUUCCCAAGAAUCCCAAUCCCAAUUAAGCCAAAGAUUCCAUUCCCAAUCCCAAUCAAGCCAACAAUCCCACUUCCACUUCCAAUUAAGCCAAUCCUCCCACUUGUACACCAAGAAGAAAACAGCCGCUGGACACACAUCCGCGACAGAUAUCUUAAACCAAUCCUCAUUUCUACACUCACAAAUGAAGAUGAUAACAGCAGAUGGACAGAUAUCCGCGACGGUGUUAUUAAGCCAAUCAUCAUUGACAUCCUCAAGCAAGAAGAUGAUGAGAACUCCAAAUGGACAAAAAUCCGCGAUCGUGUUUUAAAGCCAAUCAUCAUCGGCGCUCUCCAGAAUGGUGAAGAAGAUGAUAACAGCAAGUGGACAAAAAUCCGUGAUCGUGUUAUCAAGCCAAUUAUCAUCGACAUCCUCAGAAAUGGCGAAGACGUUAACAGCAAAUGGACAGAAAUCCGCGAUAAGAUCAUUGUUCCAACAAUUAUUGAUGCCAUCUCAAAGUAA